AUGUCAUUAUCAUAUGCGACUGAAGAUAUUAGUAAACAUGGUCAUAAGUCGUUAUUGUAUAAAACGUAUCGUCAUCGCCUUCGUACGCGUAAAAUUGAUAGCAGUGAAACGUGGCGUUGUACUGAGUAAGUUGUCUGCUUAGUAUUGCUUCUAUUCUGUUGUUGUAACUAAAUAUUAACUGUAUUGAUUUAGCCGUAAUUGUUGUGCAUCGAUAGUAGUCAACGCAACGACGUUAGCAGUUUUAGUGGAACGUGGAGCCAUGCACAUGAAGAAGUCAAGGUUGAGCAUCCACUAGUACGGGAUUUAAAGCGAAAAGUUGGAGAUGAUAUUUCACCAGUACAACAACAGUACUAUAUAUCUAUAUAUAUAAAGAAGAAAGUUUGUUUGUAUGUUUGUUUGUUCUCUAUGCAUUCAGUCCCUGUAAGAGCUAAAGCAGCCAAAAUUUGCAUGGCACACCCUUGGGUCCAGGGGAAGGUCAAGAG